GGAACAAGCCUAUUGUUACUAGCUCGUUGUCAUAACGACGUGUCUGUCAACAUUGGAAUGCAUCAUCGGUCGUGAAAUACAGAAAGAGUCGAGCAUUUUGUUUAUAAAAAUCUUAUUUUAAUUCCAGAAUUUUGAUUGAAAAGAUUUGUAUCCGAUAUAUUUCGCAUAAAAUACAAUAUAAAUAUAUUAUAUAUAUUAUCGCAUAUAUACAAAAAAAUAUAAUUUUACAAUAAUUAGUCCAUCUUUUAACUUAUCUUUCUACAUUGUUAAUUUAAUAUCAACUUAAAAAAAAAAAAAAAAGAAAUACAGCGCCUCAAUCUUAAAGAUUUUGAUAAUCAAAAAUAAGAAUUGACAAAAUGUUUAGAUAAAAAUUAAAAAUUUUAUUUUUAAAUGCUAUUUUAAAAACUAGAUUUUUUUUUCACAAAAGAGAAGUUAUUUUCUGAAUGAAAUAUUCCAUAUUUGUUGUUUUCUCAUGAAAAUCUUAAUGGGUAGAUGUAUUAUAAAUAAUUAGCAUAUUUUGUAUAUUUUAUAAAUCAUAGCAGUAUGAUUUUAUGGUAUGGCCGAAUUGCACAUAAUUGGGCAUAUUUCAUCCGCAAAGAAUUUUAAACAAUCACAUUUACUCUGCAAAUGGAAUUUUUAUGUUGGUAAUGGUUGGAAAAUUGUAUCAGGACAAGAAGAAGGACAAACACAAGAGAGUUGCGAUAUUUACACUAAUAAUCCGAUCUGGGACCAUCCUAUAGACUUGCAUUACACAACUCAGACUUUACAAAAUUCUCCGAAAUUAUUAUUGCAAGUGUUUUGUAGAGAUAAUUAUGGAAGGAUAUUAUUUCUUUCAUAUGGAGUACACAAUGUUCCAUUAUCUCCUGGUUCGCACAUAUUAGAAUGUCAUACAUGGAAACCUAUUGAUACAUUAAUCUGUAUAAAUGAUACAAAUUGCAGCGAAUCAAUAGACUCAACUAUAUAUACACAAAAUCCUACAGUUAAUGAUCUAUCUACCUUAGAAAUUUCAUCAAAUGAUAUAGAAGAGAAUAAUCCAUUCACUACUAUCAUUCCCAUAGAUAUAACAUCUUCAAAAAUAAAUUCUAAUGUAACAGAGCAAGAAGAAUUAGAAUUAACUUCAACAACAAUAUCCUCGCCAGCUGUAUAUCCAGAUAAUGAUGAAGUUCUUAUACUCGAAGAAAAAGAAAUAUGCGAGUGCAAUUUGAUUAAAUUUUCCUGUGAUAUCAAUUGCUGCUGCGACACAGAUUGCAAUCAGUUUCAUUUGUCUGCUUUUUCGCACUGUCAAAAUUAUCAUGUAAAAGUUUAUGACAGUCGGUAUUGCUACAAUCGAAAUUUCAUACUACGGAACAACACAGCUUUUAUUCUUGAAAAACUUGGAAAUAAUUUAUUUUGCAUUUUAUAUGACAAUCUUCCAUCUACAUAUAACAUCGACAACGAUUUGAUAAUAAACAGUGAAAAAGAUCUGUGGAGAGUGAUACAAAACAAAUACAAAUGGAAAAUGGAAGUUAGUACAGGAUUACCCAAGUAUAAUUUGUCUAAGUAUUAUCAACAUGGAGAUAUAUUGUGGAAAUUACAUAACAAAUCUAUUGAAUCAAUAGACCUUUUACAACCUGGAUUCACUGAAAUAUGUUCGUUUAGAAAGACUUUAAGAUAUUUGGAAAAUUGGAAAGGCGCAUGCAUACAAAAUGAUUUGACAAAUAUGAAUCAAUAUUUGUUCGCCAUAACAUUCAAUAACUUCACAGUUAUUAAGUCCUUACCAUUAUUUAACGACACAUUCAUUCGAAGACAGGCAUGCCAAAGUAAUAUUUGUUUGUCAAUGAGGACUCAUUAUUGUCGAAACUCGUUUUCCGCAUGCAAUGGAACCAAAAUAUCAAGCUUUUGCAUAAACUCCACCUGUACCAACAUUGUAAAGGGUCUGAAAUAUGUAAUCACUCACAAUGGUUCCGCUGGUAUCAGCAAUAUUGACGCAUAUUUUGAUAUAGGCAAUACGUCUCAUGCCUUCUAUCAAUAUUUUGAGGUCCAAUACAAUUGGAUAGAUGUGAAUAAAACAAAAAUCUUUGCUCGUAGUGGAAAUCCUGGCUACAUAAUGGGUAAGCCGAUCAUUUUCGGUAUUUCUCGUGCUAAUAAAAGCAACGAAAUUUUUUUCAACAAAACUGAUGGAUUUCUCACAUUGCCCUUGGCUGGGAAAAAUGGAGAGUGCAAUCAAAUCAACAGGCAUAUCAUUGCAUUUGGUGAAGAUGUUAAAUUGAGAUGCUCUGCCAGAUUAUUAAUAAAAAAUUUCACCACAUUAUCUUGCACAGAACUACAGAAUCUAACCAUGCGUCUCUUGAUGAAGGACUCUUUGCUAAAUGCGAGUCAGCAUUACAACGCUUAUGUUUCCAAAUUGGGUAAUAUUGCCAAGAAAGAUACAACCGACUGGUUGCAGAUCGUGUUUGACAGGAUACCGCAAAAUGUCGUCAUUGCGCACACUAUCGGGAAACAAAUCCUAUGUUCAGGAUUACUUACAUCAGUGCACUUUAAUAUCCUUUAUUCGAAAUUGCCAGAGCCGAAAACUUUAAUGAAUCACAAAAUAUUGGGUGUUGGCAUUACAUUUGGCAAGGAAGAGGAUAUUAGUUGGCCAAAGUGCAUACCAAAGAAUUGUACAGACAUCCUUAAUAUUGACAUUAUUUCUCAUGUCAAUUUUUAUGAUGUGUCAAAGCCAUCCAAAUAUCAUUUUGUUGGUGGACCAAAUUUGGACAUUAUGUUACCUUACGAUUUUUUUUAUCCUUUUUUGAAUGGCUCGAAAGAAAUAGAAAUGUUGAAUAUAUUUGUCCUUUUAGUUAUAUACUUAGUACUACAUGCGAGUAUUUAAUAUAAACAUGUAUCUAUAUCAUAAUUUUAUUUUUCUCUUUAAUUAAAAUUUUUUCUACUUUU